GGAUUGCGUCAUCGCGCACGGAAGAGGAGCAAAACAAACGUCAACCGUUAGCAUCGCUGUGCUGCUUAACUCUCUCUCUCUCUCUCUCUCUCUCUCUCUCUCUCUCUCUCCGCCGUAUUAUCGAGUUAUUACUCAAGUUGGUGCGUUUAGCUUGGGUUUAUAACAGCAUACGUUAAAUAAAACUACCUAGCUGUGGAGAAGGUGGCCUAGCUAAAGCCUAGCCAUGGUGUCCAUAAGUUUGUGUGUAUGCUAGCCAUGUCUGUGUCCACCGUCAGGAAUUUUAAUUAAAAUCGGAUUAGAAUUGUGAGAAAUGACCACAGAGACGUUUGUGAAGGACAUCAAACCCGGACUGAAGAACUUAAAUGUCAUCUUCAUCGUCCUGGAGACAGGAAGGGUCACCAAAACCAAAGAUGGCCACGAGGUACGCACCUGUAAGGUAGCAGAUAAGACAGGGAGCAUCAGCAUAUCAGUGUGGGAUGAAGUCGGAGCACUCAUACAGACCGGAGACAUCCUCCGACUGACCAAAGGCUAUGCGUCCGUUUUUAAAGGCUGUCUCACUCUAUACACAGGAAGAGGGGGAGAGCUGCAGAAGAUCGGAGAAUUCUGCAUGGUUUACUCCGAAGUGCCGAACUUCAGCGAGCCCAAUCCUGAAUAUUUGGCCCUGAUGAACAAAACAGGGAUUAACGAGCAAGGAAACAACACAAACAACAACAACGGUUCCUCGAGUGCUGCAGGGCCCGAUGCCACUAACGGUAACGGAGUGAACUGUCCGAGCUCAGGGAGCACGCAGACGAGCGGCCGAACGAACGCCGGGAACGCCAACAGAAGCUCCGCCUCUGGGAGCGCAGUGAGUAAUGGAAAAGAGACGCGACGUUCCGCUAAAAGAUGAUUGGAGCCGGAUCCGUUCUCUGAAUCGGUCCGGAACGAAUCGAUUCACGAGUCGAUUCUUUUGAAUAACUCUGCAGCAUGUGUCUGUGAUGUGAAUGUGUCCUUAAAUGACGUGUGAUAUUUAUCUGUGUUACGCUUUUUAUUUUUAUUUUUUUGGUCCUACACAAGAUCUGACCUGAGCAAUUUAAAGCCUUAAAAGAGUUUGUUAUUAAAUUAACAAAAAACGUACCAAAAAUCCUGAUCUCUCUUGAUCUAUAAAUCUCCAUAUUAAAGAUGUAGACCAACUCUUUUUGCUUCAUUUGAACACUUUAAAAAAUUAUUUCAAAAAAAGUUUUUACAUUUAAUAGAGCGUCCUGGUAAUAAUUGUUAGGGUUUUUGUGAAGAAGAAAAAAAUAUAUAAUGCUUAAUUUAAACUCUUUUUAAAAAACAAAAAGCUUUAUUAAUGCUUCAUUAAUUAUUUAGUUAUUACUAACAAAAUAUCAGAGUUUUUUAAUUUAAUAAUUUUUUUUUUUUUUUAAUCGGUGUAGCAUCAUUACAGUACAGGAUGUUUUUUUAUUUGUACGUAAUAAAGCAUUUAAUAAGUAAAGUAUAGUCCAUUUUGGAGACGUAACUCCGCUCUGGUUUACUGUCUUGGUUACUCUCGCAGUUUAUUCGCUGACCGGUCGAUCAUCAGCCUCGGUUUCUUAACACUAACAUUUUUGUAGAACUCUAAUAGAAGUGAAUAAAGAGAACUUUAUUCCGUUCACACCGUCUUCAUAUCACACACCACGCUGGAAAUAUUUUAUUUUAUUUUUUUAAUUUUAUAAUGAAAUAUUUUACAGGAAAGCGAUGUCAGCGUUGCACUUGUAAUAACAUUGUUAUAAAGGAAACGAGUUUCCAGGCUUUUCUACAUUUAACGAUGAUUUCAUUUUAAUCCAUUCUGUAACUUUAAAAUAGAAUAUCUGUGUGUUUGUUUUUACAUUAUUUACACGUCAGCGCUUCUUUCUCACACUCAGGGUUGCCAGAUUGAUUCAGAAUCCUGAAACAGAAAUAUUUGUUGAAACAUUCAGUGUUCUUAUGUGCGAUAAAAUAAUUAAUAGAAAUAAUUCUAAGCUCAAACACAGCUCUGGCAGCUCUGACCAUAAGAGAGAGGAGGGUUUUUUUUUUUUGUUUCCUGUUCACAUUAAAAAUGUCAAAGCAACAUCCCGAAAACCGCAGGAAAGUUUCAUGCGGAAUAAAAUAAUAAGAAAAUAUAUUUUUUAACAGUUUGUGAGCCUUGUGUGUUGUAUAAAUGGAAAUGAUGUGUGUGUGAUUCUGAGUGGACGAAUUUCACCCUGAUGUCAAAUUCCAGAUGUUAUUAAUAUGCAAAUUAUAAGGUGUGUCCAGUAUUUGCAUACCGGCACCUGAUUGGCUCUUACAUGUUGUGAUGCAAUGACACUCUCCUCACUCACACGUUCAGUAAAUAUUUACCAUGAAAGGGAAUAUAUUCAGUCCUAGCCACGCCCAUCAGAAGAGUAUAAUUAUGAUGAAGCCAUGAGAAAAAAACCACGAGGAACAUCAUAUAGAUGAAGCACCAGCUCUUUAUUUAAAUCAAUUCCAAGCCACAGAACAAAACUCAUUGUCUCCAUCACACUGUAAAAAAAAACAAGCAUUAACACUGCUGUUAAAGAAAAGAAAAGAAAAGAAAAGGCAGCAACCUGCAGGUUAAUAACCGGGUUAAUUCAUUCACUUUCCAAACACAUCUCAGUUCCUGCAACCAGCACAUGAUACGACUCUGGUAUCAAUACUGGUAUUUUUUUGAAGCUUGUACUUUAACAGUAAUGAGCUGAAAGAUUUGAGUGUGUGUGUGUGUGUGUGUGUGUGUGUAAGGCUGAUGUGUAAAAUUAAAGUUGAAUAAACUGAAUAAAGGAGAGAGAAAUUGAA